GUAUAUAUAACCAAACAUUGUUUCAUUUUGUGCCCUCUCGUCUUGUAUCUCUGUGCACCUCUCUGUUGAUCCGAAGCAAUGGUGCACGUCGUUUUCUACCGCAACUAUGGGAAGACUUUCAAGAAGCCGCGUCGUCCAUAUGAGAAGGAGCGAUUGGACCACGAGCUGAGGCUUGUGGGAGAAUAUGGGCUCCGAUGUAAGAGGGAGUUGUGGAGGGUUCAAUAUGCUUUGAGCCGCAUCCGAAAUGCUGCCAGAGAGCUUCUUACUCUUGAUGAAAAGAAUCCUCGUCGGAUCUUUGAGGGUGAUGCCCUUUUGCGAAGGAUGAACAGGUAUGGACUUUUGGAUGAGAGCCAGAACAAGCUUGAUUAUGUCCUGGCCUUAACCGUGGAGAACUUUCUUGAGCGCCGGCUUCAAACCCUUGUGUUCAAGUCGGGUAUGGCCAAGUCUAUUCACCAUGCUCGUGUGCUUAUUAGGCAGAGGCAUAUCAGGGUUGGGAGGCAGGUGGUUAACAUACCAUCUUUCAUGGUGAGAGUUGAUUCUCAGAAGCACAUUGAUUUCUCUCUUGCUAGCCCCUUCGGAGGUGGUCGCCCUGGAAGAGUGAAGCGAAAGAACCAGAAGGCAGCUGCCAAGAAGGCUUCUGGUGGGGAUGGAGGUGAGGAGGAUGAAGAAUGAAGCUUAGGCUAGCUCCAACCCUAGGAACUAUUUGAGAUUUUUUCCUAUCUGGCAUCUUUAUGUUCGGCACUUGUUUGCGUACCUGACAUUUGUUUUCAAAUCUUUAUCCUAGUGAAUUUUAGUACAUGUUUCAUUUUGGUUUAUUUGGAAUAGAACUCGAAAGCACUCCUAUGGAUCACCAAGAUUUUGUUUAAUCAAUGAAAAUUUUGGCAGUUGAUGCCUAUAUCUAUUUUAUUUGGAAAUUGUAGAUU